AUGAGUAACGAAACCUCGACAACUAAACUUGUACUUCCUGCUAAUACAGGCAAUAGUACCUCAACAACACCAACAUCAUCAUCAUCACCAACACCAUUAUCACUUAAUAAUGAACAACAACAACAACAACAACAACAAAUAAAUAUCAACGGCAAUGGUAUACUCAAUGAUGGAAAAUUAACAUCAAAUAAUUAUCAUAAUGGUGGACUCCCUGAUCUUCAAGCUACAUUCCAAGAUUCUCAAUGGAGUAAUGUUAUCGAUCCAUUAAGUGGUAACACCGGUGAUCAUCCAUUCGAUGUACAUAAUGGUAAUCGAAUGUUUGAACCACAAUCAUCAUUACCAACACCUCUUAUGACAAUGCAACAGCAAAUGUCUUAUCAACAAGAAAUGCAGAGGAGACCAAUAACAGCCGCACAUAAUUUUCCAACACAAACAAUUCGUAGUGGCAAUGGUGUUCCAACAAUACCUAUGAGUGGACGAUGGAAUAAUCAAUCGUCAUCAAUUGGUCCACCAUCUCAUCUUCAACAACAACCACAAUCACCAACAUGGAAUACAUCAUCUAUGUCACUUGGUUUUCCAACAACAUCAUCUCGUCGUCCGGUAUCUUCUUUACCAAAUUCAAACAUCCCAAUAUCUCAUCCAAAAAAAGGACAAAAUAAUAAUUUUUUUCCAUUUCUUCCAUCAUCAUCAUCGACAACAGGUACAACAACAAGUCAAAAUCCAACAUCAUUAAAUGCACUUCGACCAACACCAGUUAUGGGUAAUUUUCUUUCAUCACAAAAUGGACAAACACCAUCACAAAUGAUGAAUGGUGAUAUGGGACAAAAUUUUCCACCGAUGAAUUCUGGUGAUGCAUAUGAUAUGAGUUCAUUUCAACAACUUAUGGAUAUGAUGAGAAAUGCUUCAUCAAAUGAUGGAGUUAAACGUGUUUAUAGUGAAGAUAGUGGAAUGGGUAGUAUACUUGAUACAGAAAGUUUAAUGUCAGUUGGUGGUCCAUCAUCAUCAUCAACAGGUUUAUUUAAUUCAUCACCACGUGCAAUACAAAUGGAUAUGAAUAAGGAAGAACGUUUUUCACGUAAAGUUUUUGUUGGAGGUUUACCACCUGAUAUUGACGAAGAGGAAAUUAUUGCACAUUUUCAACGAUUUGGUCCAUUAAUUGUUGAUUGGCCACAUAAACAAGAAAGCAAAUCUUAUUUUCCUCCGAAAGGUUAUGCUUUUCUAAUAUUUACAUAUGAACGUUCAGUUCAAGAUUUAAUUGAUGAAUGUGUUAUUGAUGAUUCAAAACUUUACAUGUGUGUAUCAAGUCCAAGUAUGAAAGAUAAAGCUGUACAAAUACGUCCUUGGCUUUUAGCUGAUUCCGAUUUUGUUAUGGAUGGUACACAACCACUUGAUCCAAGAAAAACUAUUUUUGUUGGUGGUGUUCCUCGUCCAUUACGUGCAGUCGAAUUAGCUAUGAUAAUGGAUCGAUUAUAUGGUGGUGUUUGUUAUGCUGGUAUUGAUACAGAUCCGGAAUUAAAAUAUCCUAAAGGUGCCGGUCGUGUAGCUUUUUCAAAUCAACAAAGUUAUAUUGCUGCAAUAUCAGCUCGUUUUGUUCAAUUACAACAUGGAGAUAUUGAUAAACGAGUUGAAGUUAAACCAUAUGUACUUGAUGAUCAAUUAUGUGACGAAUGUGCUGGUGCACGAUGUGGUGGAAAAUUUGCUCCAUUUUUUUGUGCAAAUGUUACAUGUUUACAAUAUUAUUGUGAAGCAUGUUGGGCAUCGAUACAUGCACGUGCAGGUCGUGAAUAUCAUAAACCAUUGGUAAAAGAAGGCGCUGAUCGUCCACGUACAUUACCAUUUCGUUGGUAG